AUGGUCAAGGUGCAGGCAGAUUCAGCAUCUGGUGAGGACAGCAUCUUCUCCCUGUAUCCCCGCCUGGAGGAAGGGGCAGGGGGCUCUCUGGACCUCUUCCAUCAGGAUGCUGAUCCAUCCUGGGGGCUCCACCUUCAUGGUUUUGUGACCAGAGGCUCCACUCCCGACACCAUCCCACUGUGGGGUUGGGAAAGGAUGAUUGGAUUUGGUGCCAUGAAGAGUCACCUGGUAACAGAACGUUCCAACAUCUUUCCACAUCAACUUGCUUUUAAAUUAGCUCGGGAGACUUCAAACUCCAAGCCUCUCAGCAAAGGGCAUGUGAAACAUCAUCUGAGCAGCUGCCACCAAGUAAGGACUCCGUUUGAUGUGGACUUGUUACUGGAUGAGCGCAUCAAAGCUCUCCCAAACGCCUGCCGGCCUGGGAUCCAGGAGCAGAACUAUCCUGGGAGAAACCAUAGGGAGAUAGAAAUCGCUCCUGGUUGA